CAGGUUGCCAUUGCAUAGCAAUGAAGAAUGUUGUGGUACCUUUAAGUGCCGGUGCUUGUGUACUGUGGAAGGGAUUUUGCUGAGGUGAAGAAUUAGAGGAGGAACAGGGGGAGGGAGGGCUAGCCAUGGGAGACGUGUACUGACGGAGCCGCUGCAUAGGUUAUUGCUUGUGGAAACAUGAUGCACAGCUGACUGGAGGAGACAUCACCAACAAAUUAAAGUAACAUCACUUCCCAGGAGAAAGGUAAGGAAUUUGAAACUAGAACACGAACAAGAGAAAAAUACGAUCUUAUCCGGGGCAAAGCAAACACUGGCUACAGAGCACCACUAGUUGGAAAAGUCAUUUGUUAAAGAAACACCUCCCCUUCACACAAUUCUCAGAUUCCGACUCUGAUCAUUCCUAAAGCGGAUUUGAAACUGUUACAAGUUCAUCUCCAGACGGGAGUUUAAAUUUGAGUUACAAUCAGCAAGUCAGCAUGUCUGAAGAAAAGAAACCCGGAGGAGGCGGCUCCACAUCUAAUGGCAUUAAAAAGCACAGCUCAAUUUUAAAACCCCGAUUUACAGAAGAAUCCCCACUGCAAAAAGUAGUGUUUCUUUCCCAGCAGAUCCACAGCAGCUAUGCCAACUUUUAGGCACAUAAAGAACCAGCUUGCCUUCUCCAAUGUUUUCCAGAAAUGAUUUCAGUAUUUGGAGUAUUUUGAGAAAAUGCAUUGGAAUGGAAUUGUCCAAAAUCACAAUGCCUGUUAUUUGUAAUGAGCCACUAAGCUUUCUACAACGCCUCUCUGAAUACAUGGAGCAUACGUAUCUCAUCCACAAGGCAAACCAGUGCUCAGAUACAGUGGAGCGGAUGCAGUGUGUCGCUGCUUUUGCAGUGUCGGCGGUUGCUUCCCAAUGGGAGCGAACAGGGAAGCCUUUCAAUCCACUGCUUGGUGAAACAUAUGAAUUAGUUCGUGAGGAUCUCGGGUUUAGAUUAAUUUCAGAACAAGUUAGUCAUCACCCUCCCAUCAGUGCAUUCCAUGCUGAGGGGAUAAACAAUGACUUCGUGUUCCAUGGGUCCAUUUACCCUAAACUCAAGUUCUGGGGUAAGAGUUUGGAAGCUGAACCAAAAGGAAUUAUAACUCUGGAGCUUCUCAAACAUAAGGAAUCCUACACAUGGACAAAUCCUACUUGCUGUAUACAUAAUAUAAUAGUGGGCAAACUCUGGAUAGAGCAGUAUGGCAAUAUGGAGAUAACCAAUCACAAAACUGGGGAAAAGUGCAUCUUGAAUUUUAAGCCAUCGAAGCUUUUCGAUAAAGAACUGCACAAAGUAGAAGGAUACAUUCAAGAUAAAAGCAAAAAGAAGCUGUGUGCUUUGUAUGGGAAGUGGACAGAAUGCUUGUAUACCACAGAUCCAGCUACAUUUAAUGCAUUUAAAAAGAAUGACAAGAAGGAAGUAGAAGAAAAGAAGAAUUCUAAACAGGCUGGAAGUACAGAGGAACCUGAUGAAAUGCCAUUGCCUGUUUCAGAAAGUGUACAGGUUAUUCCGGGCAGCACACAGUUGUGGAGAAUAGCACCUAGACCUUCCAAUUCUGCGCAGAUGUACAACUUUACUAACUUUGCACUAGCCUUAAAUGAGUCUGAUAAGGACAUGGAAAGUGUAAUCCCUAAAACAGACUGUAGACUGCGUCCGGAUAUAAGAGCUAUGGAAAAUGGAGAAAUUGACUCAGCCAGUGAGGAAAAGAAAAGAUUAGAAGAGAAGCAAAGAGCUGCUCGGAAGAGUCGUUCCAAAACUGACGAGGAUUGGAAAACCAGAUGGUUCCACCAAGGCCCCAACCCCUACAAUGGUUCACAGGACUGGCUUUACUCUGGAAACUACUGGGACAGGAACUAUUCCAAACUGCCAGAUAUUUAUUAAAACUGCCUCAUAGGACAGACCUGUUUCCAGCUGUAUCCAAUGUAGAUUUGUGUGUUUGACUCUUCCAAAAAAAAAAAAAAAUGCACCUUUAUAGCACUCUAAUUCUAGAACUUCAUUUAAGCAUUCCAACUGGAUUAGUGGACAUUUAUUUGUAAGAAAGAGACAGCCAAGCAAUAUUUCUAGGAUCAGUGUUCAGCAUUAUAGUGAUGGUAGGGGGUUAAGCUUGGAACUUUUGCUGGCAGCUAUUUAUUAAAGACAGUGAAAUUCUGUGAUCCAGAGACAGGGCAUCAUUGUUUGAAAUAUUGGGUGCUCUCCUCGCUGGUUAUACUGAAGGUUUGAUAUAUUUUUGAGAAAUACUAAGCACAAUUAAGCACUGAAUGUGUUAGAUUAAUAUGCAGGAUGUUAUUACCCAUUGUUUUAUCAGGUCAGCCUUGUUUUUAUUCCUUUAAUUAUGGGGUUUACAUUUCUAUUUUAUUUUAUUUAUCAUAUUGACACUUAUUUCUAGGUAUAAAAUCUGCUAUACAUGGUAUGAAACUGUAGAUGUUAUUAAUAUAUAGGACAAAGUUGGCAAAACCUGCUGUCAGGAAGGAACUAAUGUUCUGAAAGAUAUUUACUCCGCUUUGUCACUUUUCAUAUAGUAGCUAAUAACUUAUGUGUAAUAAGAUGACGCUGGAUUGGAAACCAUUGCUUAAAACUAUAUUCUGAGAAUUCAUUUUUAAGGAGCACAGAGAAGCUGUAUAACAACAAUAUAUGUGCAGCGUAUAUUCAGGGAUACAACGCUAACUCCCCGAUUUUCAGCCUGUACCAAAACUUAAUGACAGUGCAGCAGUAUAGACUGCGAGCAUCCGACACUGAAGCCUGCGUCAUCUUUUCACUGACAUACAUCGGGGAUUCCACUUCCUAUAGUGUACACACAUGUAUAUUUUUGUAUCCCUCUUUUCCCUACAGGUUCUAGAAGUAUUUGUCCAUUGGCACAAAGCAAUGUGGAAAAGCAGUAGAAUUCUAAUAAUUGUUUAGCGUAUAAUAAAAUAACCUUAAUUUAUCAAGUGCUGCUAAAUAAAGCAUUUAAAUAGCUCUGAAAA